ACGGGCCGAACUGCUCCCGAGGAGGACUCUCGACAACAUCCACGCCAAUGGCAGAACUGUGAAAGCGAACAAACCCAGGCAAAGAGAAGACUGGAGCUGGAAGUUGGUGAAGCCCAGGAUGGUAGCAAGACUGGCAAAAUCAAAAGCCCUGCAACAGAUGGCCUCUCUGUCGAAUAAGCAGAAAAGCUCUCACGUGAUCGCUAAGACACGUCUUGACACCUCGCUCGGUCUUCUGACUAAGAGGUUUACAGAGCUGCUGCGAGCCUCCUCUGAUGGCGUUUUGGACUUGAAUGCAGUCGCCCUUGAGCUCAAUACCGCUAAGAGGCGCCUCUAUGAUAUCACCAAUGUCCUCGAGGGGAUCCAACUCAUCAAAAAGAAGUCCAAAAACAACAUUGAAUGGUUGGGUGGUUCAUUGGAUCUGGGAGAGCUCAGGAAGCAAGAGAAGACACUGGACGACCUGAUCCAAAGCUGCACGGAGCAGAUUCACCAGAUGUUUGAGGACCAGCAGAUUCAGAGAUUUGUCUACUUGACACAUGAGGAUGUUCAAAGGAUCCCCUCCCUGAAAGAGCAGACGGUGAUUGUCAUCAAAGCCCCUGUAGGGACAAAACUGGAGGUCCCACAUCCACAGGAGAGCUUCCAGGUCCACCUCAAAAGCACCCAUGGUCCCAUUGAUGCGUUCAUCGUGGUCUCCCAGGAAGGCACAAACACGUCUGCGAGCGACGUCCCCUCGCCCCCCCCUCAGAUGUCUUCCAAAGAUGAUGCAAACAGUACUUCCAAAAUCAAACGGUCACCACACUCAUCGCCGGUUACCGUUACCCCCACCUCCACCUCCCUCACCCCCCUCCACCCCCCCUCUGGAGAUCAACAGAGUGGUGGUGUCACAGUCACUUCGCCCCUGACCGUGUCUCGUGAUGGGCAGCAAUACGUCCUGAGCCUGGAGGAGAAUGAGGGCAUCACUGACCUCUUCUCCUCCUCUGUUGACCUGCAGUCUAUGCCUGUGGAUAUGAUCAAUAUCUAAACAGGGUUUCCAUCAUUUUGAAAUGCAAUGAACAUAAGCAAGAGACACAGGGAUUUAAAAUAAAGGAACAAAGAAGUGAGGCUGUAACCCUGAAUCGUUACACUGGAGCAUGAAACAAAUACCGGGAUAGAUCUUCUUUUGCAUUCGGUCCCAAAGGAAUGGAAUAUAGUUCUGAAGGAACUGAGGAAGAUUCUGACAUUUCAUUUGCUUUCUACUCAAAGUCCAACGUCACCUCUUGGCUGCUUGUGUUGGACUUUUGGCAAAAAAUGUACAAUAAGCAGAUGGUGUUUGUGCACAUUACAGCUGUAAGUUCAUAAAUUCUGAUUUGUUACUGGUUUUAAUUUCCCUCGUCACUCAACCACUGAGGAUUAAUAACACAGAUUACAUUUUGUCGCUCGUCACCUGGCACUGACAUGGAAAUAACCUACAUGCCUCUGCGUUGCGUCCACUAAUUGGGAUGAAGGGCUCCGUUGUUCUGUCGUCAUACCUCAGGGUAUGAAGGGUAUCUGCAGGUUCAAUGUAUCUCAUCUCACACACUGAUCCUAAGUCGAAACAUUUGAAUACCUCACAGCGUCGGCAUCGUUUUCUACAGAACUGAUACCUCAGUGUGUCUCAAUAAUAGGAUUGGUUUGGGGUCUGCUGUUUAUAUUACACACAGAAAGUGAAUUUGGUGGUGGAUCAGUCGUCUCAUGUUUCACAGUGGGGGGGGGGGGGGUCUGAAGGUGUGGGAAGUUUUUUGCGCUUGAGCUGAUUUUGGGAAAGUUGAACAAUGCUGUUGUUCGGCAGUGCUCGUCAGUUUCUCGACGUUUCCAGUUGACGCCUUCGUGUGACACUUUUUGUGUUGGUCUGUUCCGUCUGUCGCUCGAGAGAAGUGCAUCAUAGCUCAGUCCACGUUUGACCUUUGACCCUGUAGUUUUCUCAGGGCUCUCGGAUCUUGCAACGAGAAGUGCAAUUUCAUAACGGAGUCCUUUUGCAAAGGUUGGCGUGACACCUUAACACAUUUCUGUUAGCAGUGGAGAGUCUUGCAGCGAUGUGAUAUUCUGAGGCACUAAUGCAGCCGCUCCAUGACCUUUGAUGCUUUUGAAAGGAACAUUUUUAGUUUCUCUUUAGUCACCAUUUAAGUUCAAAUACUUGCUUAAAUAUGGAGAUGUUUUUGUUGUUUAGACAAAAAAAAUAAUCAACCGAUCAUAAAAUUGAUCAUCCGAUGACUAGUGAAUUCAAAGCUGGCUUCAUCCUCUGCACUGUGGUGUUUUUAGCCUUGUAUUUGGGCAGUGUUUUCAGAGAAGUGGACGUUGACUGUUGGUGGUGGGAGAACAUUGGGAUUAAUGUGACCGUCAUGACAGUUUUGGACAUUCUGAACAUUUGUUUACUCUGCACCAACUUUGUGCCUUAUGAACUGUUUCACGUGACUCUCUGUUCUGAUUAAUGUGUGCUCACAUGAGUCAUUUAUUCAUUUAAGUCACCGGGAAAUGUAUAUUUAAAAGUUACUCAUAAAGACAAUGAUAGUUUCUUUUUCUUUUUUUUACAGUUUCUAAUCACUGUGCAAAAUUUUGAAGGACAAAAUAUUGUGAGCCUUAAAGAACAAAAAAGGUGUAUUUUCCGCUCUGACGCAGAACCAAUUCAUUGUUGUUGAGAUUGACCCCUUAUCUUUUUUGAGAUGCAGGGUUUUUUUGUCUGUGUGAAGCUGUUUGUGAACAAUAUAUUAAAAAUUUAAUCAACUAUA